AUGAAAAAUCAACGUUAUUUGGGGAUGUACUUCCUGGACCAGCCUGUGUUAUUUGUGAAGGACAUCUCCAUACUGAAAUCCAUCUUCCACAAGGAUUUCGAAUACUUCUCCGACCGAAGUUUCCACGCGUCGCGCGGGGACAUUUUGAACAAGGAAUCGCUCUUCGCCAGGAAAGGUAAGAACUGGAAGGAUCUUCGCGUUAAGCUCAGUCCCGCCUUCUCUUCGGGCAAGCUGAAGAAAUUCUUCGUGCUACUAGACCAAAAGGCAGCAAAUCUAGUCACCUUCUUAGAACAUGCUGUACGAGAAGGGCGAGUGGUGGAUGCGAAAGAGGCGAGCGGCCGCUUCACCAUGGACGCUGUGUCCACCAUCGGCUUCGGCCUGGAGGGCAGGUCGCUAAUCGACGACAACGACCCGCUGCACCGCCUCCUCAACUCCAUAUUCGUCUUCGGCCGCCUUCUCAACAUCCUGGUG